ACCAUGGCAACAAGCAACCAUGGCAGCUACGACAGAGCACAGUAAAACUGACACGGAUCAAAACCAACUUGUUGAACUUGUAAAGGACUUAAAGCGCUCCAAUGCAGCGCUACAAGCAGAGGUCGGUAUAUGUGAGCAAUAUAUUAGUCGACUGGACCUUCAGACUCAAUCGGAGGCUUUUGAAACAUCACAGAUGGAAAUACCAACGAGUCCAGGAAGGAAAACUAAAGUUCGCACUCCAGAGAGACAACAGCUCCUGACACUGGAACAGAAAUGUGAUGUUGCCCAAAGCGUGCUUAAACAGAUGAAUGAGGAUGUGAAGAGAGCGAAAGACCAUUCAGAAAGAGAGCUGGACAAUUACAAGGCAACUCUGGAAGAAGCUGAUAUCCACUUGGCAGAGGUUAAAAAAGAAUGUUGCCAGUUUGAUCGUGACAUCUGUAAAGCACUGCAGGACAAAAAGUGUUUGACGAUGAGUGCUGAGAAGGUCAUCAGAUACAUUGAGGACAGAAUAAGGGCCAAGGAGAACUUGAUCGAGAAGUUGCAUCGGAAGAAUACAGCACUCGUCGCACACAAGAAAAAACUACAGGUCCAGCUAAAGCAACAGGAGGAGAUGAGUGAGGGACUGACGGCGCUGGACUUAGAGCAGCUCAAGUUUGAGAACAUCAAAUCUCGUAAACGACUGGACGAGCAAAACCUUGAACAUUUGGAUCUCAAACUGCUUGCAGGGAAUGCCUUGCAGGCCUUGAAUUCUAAUAAGAAGAAGCUUCAGACCUUGACACUCGAGUCAGAUGUGCUGAACAGUGACAUUGCUUUACGGAGGAAGUUACUGGUUAAGAUUGAGGAGGAGAUCAAGGAAGCGGAGGAGGAACGAAACAAAGCAGAGGCUCUGAACGGGAAGUUGAGGGGCCAGUUGGCCGACUAUCAUGUACCAAAUGUCCUACAAUACAUCGAGGUUAAAGAGUCCCACGGCCAACUGCAGAAGAGUGUUAAGGAAUGGGAACGCAAGGUGGAGAUUGCAGAGAUGGCAUUAAAAACAUUCACGAAAUCCUGGGACAAGCUUCGGAUUGCUGCUGGAGCCAAACCAGUUCCUGCACGACAUUCAGCCACAGAUUCUGGAUUGUAUGGGUUCUGAUAUAAGAGCUACCAGGUCCUAAAUAACCUCAAUGCCCAAGAAGAUGCCCAUACAUUUAUCAUCUUCUGAAAUUUCAGCUUAAAACACAUAAUGCAUCAAUAUAAAGAAAAUAAAUGCACAUAGAAAUGACACAACAAUGCAUUAUUAAUGAAAAGGUUUAUUAGUUAGUGCUGUGUAUAUUAAAUGCUACAUACAGAUAUUUAAGCAUGAAUGUCACAUCAACUGCCACAUGAACUUCUUUUAGUAGCUCAUUCACAAUCUACAAUUUGAAAAAAAGCUAAGGAUAAGUAUGUGCGCUUAGAAGCGCAGAUACUUGGAACAGAUUACAGGAACUAACACAGCAAGCAUGCACGGGGUGGAGAGGUCUCAAAACCAUAGGUCAUCGAUCGAAGGUCGACGUUCCCCUGUGGUCCUGACACGUCUGCCAAGAAUAUAGAUAUUUAUAGAGAUUUUAAACAAUAUUAAUAAAAAAAAUUAAUAUACAAACAUGAAAACACAA